GGUCUGAGAGGAGCCAGUGGGGAGCUGUUGAGGCCACCCUGGUGGUGGCACCGGACCUCUCUCAGGCACGCUGAACCGCAGGGCCUCCCCCACCAGCCACGCUGUCCAUGGAGUUUGCUGCUGGAGCCAUCGGAGGCGUCUGCGGUGUUGCUGUGGGCUACCCCCUGGACACGGUGAAGGUCAGGAUCCAGACAGAGCCCAAGUACACGGGCAUCUGGCACUGCAUCCGGGACACGUAUCGCCGAGAGCGGGUGUGGGGCUUCUACAGGGGCCUCUCGCUGCCCGUGUGCACCGUGUCCCUGGUCUCGUCCGUGUCUUUCGGCACCUAUCGCCACUGCCUCGCGCACGUCUGCCGGUUCCGGUAUGGCAGCGCCGACGCCAAGCCCGCCAAGACGGACAUCACGCUCUCGGGAUUCGCCUCCGGCCUUGUCCGCGUGUUCCUGACCUCGCCCACCGAGGUGGCCAAGGUCCGCCUGCAGACGCAGACGCAGACGCAGACGCAGCAGCGGCGCCCCUCGGCCUCGGGGCCCUCGGCUGCGCCCCCCACGUGCCCCGCACCCCCUGUGGGUCGGGCGCCAGGGCCCAAGUACCGCGGGCCGCUGCACUGCCUGGCCUCGGUGGCCCGGGAGGAGGGGCUGCGUGGCCUCUACAAGGGCAGCUUGGCCCUGCUCUUCCGGGACGGUCACUCCUUUGCCACCUACUUCCUCUCGUACGCCAUCCUCUGUGAGCAGCUGACUCCCGCCGGCCGCAGCCGGCCAGACGUCUUGGGCGUGCUGGUGGCCGGUGGCUGUGCAGGGGUGCUGGCCUGGGCCGUGGCCACCCCCAUGGACGUGAUCAAGUCGCGCCUGCAGGCGGACGGGCAGGGCCAGCGCCGCUACCGGGGCCUCCUGCACUGCGUGGUGACCAGCGUUCGGGAGGAGGGGCCGAGGGUGCUCUUCAAGGGGCUGUUGCUCAACUGCUGUCGCGCCUUCCCCGUCAACAUGGUGGUCUUUGUCACCUACGAGGCCGUGCUGAGGCUCAUGCGGGGCCUGCUCUCAUAGCUGGUGCCCAUCCCCAGGGGCCAACCCGUCAGCAGCUUCCAGAGGCCGCAGGGGCCGGAGGCGGCGGGGAGUGUGGGGGUCUGGGCCCCAGGGGGCCAUCCCCCAGGACAGCGGGGGCCUCCCGCCCAGCGACCGACCACGAGGAGGUCAAGGGGCCCAGGGCUGGCCUGAGGGUCACAGGAGCCCGGGAGAAGCGGGCCUCUGGGAUGAGGGCGUGCUCGCGUGCAGCCGCCUGUGCACUUGGCUCAGUGGUUCAUCCCGGCUCCCCCCCCCGACCUCUCCCCGCCGCCCCGCGUCUUCAGAGCGCCCCUGCGUCCCCUCGGCUCCCCGUCCUUCUCUCCCCGCUCAGCUCUCCCUGCUGUGCAGUGUGCUCUUCAUUCCUGGUCCUCAGACGCAGCCAACUGGUCUCCCCACCAGACAGAACCCAGGCGCGGCCGUCUGGCACCCGGCGCGCUCGGUCCCCACACCAGGAUGCUCGGGGAGGGUCUCCGGUCCUGGUCACCCAGCCUCGCUCCACCUGCGGACCCGAGGCUGAGCGGCGAGCUGUUGCCAAUAAAACGUUUCUCGGGCAGCUCAGUGGUGUUGCUCCGUGGUCUGUGGGGCUGGUGACUGGGUCCCCACCUCCAGCUUGUCCUCAGAGGCCAGGCCCUCCAAACCUGUGUGGCCAGGGCUCCCGCUGCACUGACGGCACGCUGAGGCCCCGCCAGCUCUCCGGCUGGCCCCGCUCCCUGGGCCCUUGGGGCCGGGGGCCACGCCUGUGCGCUGAACCUGCCCCAGGGUCCGUUCAGUGCUCAGCAUCGUGCCUGCUCUCCUCCCCACCCCCAUCCCAAACCCACCCCCUUCCGAGUGAAACUGAUCUCCAGCCAGUUCCAGACACCAGAAUGUGAGUUGCCUUUCCACGGGGCCUGGAGGAGGGAGGCUCCGUGUAGCCUCAACACCGCUGGGUCCGUACACAGGUUAUCACAAUGGCUCAGAGAGGACCAGGCCUACCCAAGGCCACCCGGCAGGGAGAAUGGGGGUCUCACACCUGCACUUCUGAGGCCCCAGCCCUCUCUCUGGCACCACGUGGCUUCCGGUGACGGUGCAACACGAACCUUCUGGGUGCCCCCCACAGCAGCCCUCUGGUAAAGCCAGACCAGCACCUGCCUCGACACUCAGACACUAGCCUUGACCGUGACUUUGGACUGAAGUCCAGUGUUCACUGGUCCACCUCCAGUGUUCUGGCUGAACAAAACUCUUUCCUGUUCCCAGAACACGUGGGUGGACCCUCUCCUCCGGCCUCUCCUGUCGUACGGACCCAAGCAUUUGCUUACACCCUGCGCUCUCUGCCAGGGACGCCCUUCCCUCCUCUCUGCCUGGCUAACUCCAGGCAUCACUAACCCCAGGCGUCACUUCCCCCAGGAAGCUCAGCUGCUCUUAGGUGUCUCCUGCUCUGCUCCAUGGGGCCUGGUUCGUCGUCUG